AUGGUCCAAGUGCCGGCCAGCGACGCGAACCUGCGCCUGGCCCCCGCCCCCAGGAGCACGAACAACGCGCUCUCAUGCGCCCAUCAGAAACCGACCCGCCGCAUUGCGAGUGCGGGCAACGCUGACUUUCUCUACCGCGCCCCUGUCGAGUCCGACCUGAAGGCCAAGGUCCCCAAAGAUCCUCCAACCCGCGCUCGCUCAACCAUCCGUCGCAAUCGCCGAAGUCUCAACGACCCCAGCUCUCGAUCUGCCUCGACCAGCGCACACUACUACUCUCGUCGCACUGGUCCCGGUCCCCGCGCUCGCAUUAUCUCACCUCCCUCUGCUGAAUCACCAUGGACCCCGUGGGACAAUGUCGAGCCUGGUGCUACUGAGCCUUACGCGGCUUCGCGCUCUGCGACCCGCCGGCCUGGCGCAUCAGACCCCAUGCACCUGCCCCGGGACAACACCACGCAGGACCAUUCUGGCCGGCGUGAACCAGUCCUGCGCGAGGUCAUCACCCGCAAUGGUCCCAUGAGCCAAGAAGUUGUGCGAUACUUUGGCCAGCACAUGGCUAGACUGUACGCCGACACAAGCUCCAGGGGUGGCCAAGACUGGGAUGACACGCCUAGAGUCGAGACCCGAGAACGUGCCUCUGCCUCUCCCGAUGACGGUCCUCUCCUUGUGGAGGUAGAUGAACACACUCAACGGCCGACAACUUUGGUUCGUGAAUCCAUGGCGAGGCCGAGAAGCGACAGGGAUGUGAGAACUCGGACAGACUUUCUGCAACGUCAGAACGAGCGACUCAUCGUGAUGAGACGUACGCUCAGGGCCCAGGAACUCUCAGCCAUGCGGGAAGGGCGUGAAGCCCGCGCAAGGCGAUCAACUCCUGGCGAUGCCACGCUCGAGGCCCGCUUCGACGGACUAGGCGACCGUGACAGGAGCCUCAGUCCCGAGGGCGACGGUGUCUGGGACACGCUUCUCAGCUCCAUCACCCCAGAUCCUCAGCCGCCCAGCGUAGGAACCUCGUUCGCUUCCGCAUCUGCGGCGACGUCGCAUCCCAGCACCUCGUCUGGGGCCAACAGUGCCAAUUCCUCGCGCACAUCCCUUGCCGACGGGCCCGAUGGACCCUACACGGCCGAGGAGAUUGGAUUCGCUGAUGUAUGCGAAUCUGGCGGUGAUAACUCGGACACUGAGGGUGAUGAGGACGAGGAGGCGCGAGAGAAUAUUCUACGACGCUUUGGGCGGACCCACGGGGAAAUGACAGAGCGUGAUGAUGAUGAUAUCGAGGUGUUUGGCGGUGUUGAGUCCAUGCAGCGCAUCGUGCGGAAUCUUGCCAGGCGCGAAGACAUUCCCGACGAGUGGUGGGCCGAGGCUGGGCUCAGUCGCACGCUGGGCAGGGAGGGAUCCUGA